UCACUUAUGAUUGGGUGCAUUCGCCCCCUUUUAGAUGCUUCACCUCGCAAUCUAUUGUCAUCUGAAUUUUCCGUUCAAAUUUGGGUUAUCUUGCUAUUGCCUUACUGAUUUUGAAUAUUGGUUUGCUUCAUUGGGAUAUUGCGGUGGAAUUAUUAGGCAAUUCAUGGAUUCAGUCAAGGGAUUGCAAACUCCGCAGCUAACUUUUGAACAGGAAGUGAAAGCAUUUUUUGAUUCAGCUCCUCCUUUGCAAAACAGUAAUGAAAUAAGUGAAAAAUUGAACGAAUUUAUUGCACGCAACUCUUUGCCUUCUGAUGGGAAUGCCAGAAGAGUAGUUUGUGUGACAUCUGGCGGCACCACUGCUCCAUUAGAGCAACGGUGUGUUCGAUAUGUUGACAAUUUCAGUUCAGGUCAUAGAGGAGCCACAUCUACAGAGUAUUUUCUGCAGGCUGGAUAUGCUGUCAUCUUUCUUUAUCGAAGGGGAAGUUUCCAGCCGUUUUGCAGAUCCCUGCCUGAUGAUCCUUUACUUGAAUGCUUUGAGGCUACCAGUGAUUGCAAUAUUCGAGUUCGCGAGGCUCAUGCUGAAGCAGUGAAGAGGGCUAUCAUUGAUCAUCAUGCUGCAGUAGCAGACGGUCUCCUAUUAAAACUUCCAUACAGUACAAUAUUUGAGUAUCUUCAGAUGCUGCAAAUGACUGCAGUGUCAAUGAGGUGCCUUGGGCCACGUGCAAUGUUCUAUCUUUCAGCUGCAGUAUCUGAUUUUUACGUUCCUUGGAAGGACAUGGUGGAGCACAAAAUUCAGUCAGGAUCUCACAUUUUGGACGUGAAACUCGUUCAAGUGCCAAAAAUGUUGUCGGUGCUAAGGGAAGAUUGGGCUCCAUCUGCCUUCUGCAUAUCUUUCAAGUUAGAGACAGAUACAAACAUUCUUCUGAAGAAGGCUGAUAAGGCUCUUGAAAAGUACAAGAUGCAUGCUGUUGUUGCAAACGAACUCUCCACUCGCAAGGAGGAAGUGGUGGUCGUCACUAGUUCUGAGAAGACUACUGUUCGGCGGAAUAAGAGUCAACCUGGUGAUGUUGUAGAGAAUCCCCUAAUUAAGCUCCUUUCUGGGAAACAUUUAGCUUACAUUGAAGAAUCUAGCAGAUGAGUCAAAACAACGAGAUCCUGAUCAGCUGUGUUUUUGGGUCACCAAAACUUUCGUUUGCAUUUGAUAACUUCAUCAUCCCUAAGAAGGAUGAGAAGAAAUAGACGCACUAUAAGUUAUAAAAACA